UUUAGAGCUCUGGUCCUCUACGCACAAAGGAGCGCUGGUCGCACACCGGGCGUUGGUCACUUCUCUUAACGGCAUAAACCUUACUGCAUCACAAGGCAGCUGGAGACGUACGGUUACGCUAGGCACAUAGCUGUGCUUGCUGAGCCACGCCUGCCGCCAGGAGCCUGGAUACGACGAUACGCAGAGCCAAACAGUCCCUCAUUCAGAUUAGGUACUUCUAGACAGUUACGCAGCAAGCAAACACCGGGACGACAGCAGCUCCAAAGUAGAGGUGCCGGCACCUUUCAGCACGUCUUCAGCACCCUUUCAAGCCUUUGAGUAAUGCAAUAUACCCCUUCUUGCAGCCAGCAGAAUCAAGGAUAACACCUCGGCGGACAUCAUUCGGUCACGUCGGCCCACAACACCAUCUUCUCAGCAGAACGAAUUCACGAGAUCCUUAGAUCAGUCUAGGAUCGCAUUCAUCCAUCUUCAAGCAAACAUGGCGCUUCCCUUCACCACCUCCCAAGACCCCGACAGCAUCAAUGGUAGACUUAGGCGCCUCAUGUCCCGGAAAAGGGUCCGAAGCAAGAAGGAAGACAAGAGAAGGGCAGUAGAGUCGCCGGUACCAACUACCCCCAUCGUGGCUCUCGCCAAAAGAUAUGAUCCCUGCUCUUUCAGGACCCGACUCGCCGACGCAGGACUCGCUCCCGAGCUUGGUCAAUUUAUGGCCAACCAUCUGGUAGCAACAACAACAACAACAACAACAACAACAACAACAACCCCCAAGGCAUCCAACGGAUGUGUGGCGGUUGAGCGAUCCCUGGGAAGGCCCGGCGAAGUACCGCCCACACCCCUCCGCGCUACUAUGAGAGUCAGUUCGCGGACGCUACGGUCCCGCAAGCGAAGCCGACAAGAAGACGAUGACGGGUACACACCGUCCGCGUCUACCAAGAUCAUCACGGUACCCAGCAGCAUCUUGAUAGUUCCCUCAGACGAAGAUGGCAGCGACAGUUUGGCGCCAACACCCCUCUCCCCUGGCUUUGAUUUGGUCGACGUUGCCUUUUCGACAGUGGAAGAGUUCGAGGACACGGAAAUGGUUUCUUGGAACGAUAGGCGACGGGAUAGCGGGCCCAUCAACUUCGACGCCAACAUGUCGACAAUGCGCAUGCCCUUUUCCUAUCAGCACCCACGAGGGACAAGGAGAAGUGUGGUAGACAUGGUGGUGACCACCGACUCAGCAGGAUUCGCGUCGGAUGAGUGGUCUGUCAUUGCAGACGCAUCCAUGAUCCCAACCUUCGGACCCAGCGAUGUCAUGAAGCAACCGAUUCAUCAGGCCAUCGUUAGGAGCUUUGUCUCUAGGUGUAGGGCAGCCAAGCGGAGAAUGAUGACUUCUCGACGGCACGUAUCAUGUCGACAUAGCUCGACGGACAUGACUGCUGGCCAGCGUGCCUCGGUUGGUGCGGUGCACUGAUGAUGGGAAGGGGGGUGUGGAGGUCCCCCAGGAUGAUGAAAUGAGCUCUGGGACGGUGGCAUGUGUGGAUUGUAGAGAUGCAAAUGCUCCGGCAGCCAGUUGAUGAUAAACACGAGGUAUGGGUCAAGAUAUUGGCCUCGAGGGAGAUGUAUCGCUUUUUUUUUCUUUUUUUUUUUUCUUUCUUUCUUUCUUUCUUUUCCAGAAUAGAGAACUGCAUACGGCAUGGAGUAUGUAGCAGGUAACACCGUGCUGCUAUCGAGGAAUUGCCUUGUCGACUCCACUACCUUAUAGUAAACGAUGUCCAAAAAACUGAUAAUUGAAUCACUUCGUUAUAUCUGUACAUUAUAUAUCCAUCUCAUGAGCCUCAUUCGUUGGACUCACUUCGUACUUCCAUAAAGUGUUUUAACAGCAUCACCAAUUG